AUGGAUAAAAUACUAUUUUUUUGUGUAUUGUGUGUCACAAUAUUUGAACAAAUAAAUAGUACACAGUCAUUUGUACUAAAUCUUCAAAAUAGUAAUCAAGAAAUUCAAUUUUUCGCGGAUGAAGCGCUCAAAAAGUACUUACCGACUCUUAAAGAAUAUUUGGUAUUUUUGAAACCUGAAGAUAUAGAUAAUAGGUCGAUAGAAGACCCAGUGGUUCACGUUGUUAAUAGAAAAAGAUACUAUAAUUUCAAAAUUAAAUGGAACGUAAAGAAAGAACUUCGCGAUCAGUUUUCUAUCAAACGUGGAUUUCCCAAAUUGGAAUGUGAUAUCAGUGUUAAAACUAUGGAUGAUGAAACUAUUGAUUUAAACUGUCAGGAUAUUUAUCCUAAAGAGUUAAUGAAGGACUUGAAAUCUCUUCACAAUGGAUUAGAAGUGUUUGGUACUAUAUAUGAAUCUUUAAAAAAAAUAUUUUUAUCUUCUAAGAUUCAACAUUGA